ACUUGCUGUAAAAAUAAUUAAACACAAGCCACACCUACAAUGUCAAAACGUCUCUUAAGUUGCAUCUCUUUUAGGGCAGUGCUGAGGCAUGAUAAGCUUGCAUGCAGAUCAAUAGAAAGGCAGUUCCCUCCGUGUGUGAGGCAGUAUUGCAAGACCAGCACCUCAAACAGGAGUAAAGCUCCAAUCUCAUGGACUUCAUUGGUUGUUAUGGGGCUAGCAGGAGGGGCAGCUGUACUUUAUGUGAACAAUUUGAAAAGACAAAAAGAGGAAGCUGCAGAGAGGGAAAGAACAAAGUCGUUGGGUAAAGCGUCUCUGGGUGGUCCAUUUUCCCUCACUGAUCACAAUGGAGAGCGUAAGACUGAUAAAGAUUUCCACGGAAGAUGGGUCCUCCUUUAUUUUGGCUUUACCUUCUGUCCUGACAUAUGUCCUGAUGAGUUGGAAAAAAUGGCGACAGUUGUUAAUCUUAUAGAUAAAAUGGAAGGACUGCCUUCUAUUCAACCAUUAUUUAUUACUGUUGAUCCAGAACGUGACACACCAGAAGUACUUAAGAAAUACUUAAAAGAGUUUCAUCCUCAGCUGUUAGGACUAACAGGAACAAAUGAAGAGGUACAUACAGCAGCUAAAGCUUAUCGAGUCUAUUACAGUCCAGCACCUGUUGAUGAUGAUAAUGAUUAUUUAGUUGAUCACACUAUUAUAAUGUACCUCAUCAAUCCAGAGGGAGACUUUGUAGACUAUUACGGUCAAAACAAGACAGCAGAUCAAGUACACGCUGGCAUUAGCAAUCAAAUGCUUAAGUACAAACACAGGAAGUGAUGAGAAGCAUACAAACAUCAAUUGACUUUCAUAUAAUAAUACCAUGUAAUAAUAAAAGUUAAUGUUAAUGUAAGAGGAAUUCAUUUCACACACAUAAA